AUGGACGUGUGUAGCGAGAACAGCGCGACUCCCGCGGAUGGACCGUCAAGAGUGAAGCUUCAACUUCCAGCUAGCUGUGAUCCACCACAACUUGACGGCGAGAGAAAGCAGCUGGUCUGGGUUGUAUUUGGUGGAACCGGCCACAUGGGUAGAUCUCUUGUCAAGUCCGCCUUGUCCAAAGGAGAUCUCGUCACUUCCGUGGGCCGUGUGUUCGAGACGACGCCGGAGGAAAUGGUAGCACAGCAGGACAAUGAAAAUUGUUUGGGGAUGCUGUGUGACGUUCGAGCGAGAGACUCAGUAGCGCGGGUCAUUGAACGGACCUUGGAGCGGUUUCAGCGAUUUGACGUCGUAGCCAACUGUUCUGGCUAUGGCGUAAUUGGAGCAUGUGAGGACCAGGACGAGCACGAGAUCCGCAAUCAGUUCGAGACGAACUUCAUGGGCACUUUGAACAUUAUCCAAGCCAGCCUACCUUACUUUCGCCAACAAAACGGCGGCCGCUACCUGAUUUUCAGCUCGACGUCAGGAGCUCUGGGUGUUCCAGGCCUCGGCCCCUAUUGUGCCACCAAAUAUGCCGUCGAGGGACUCAUAGAAGCUAUGCUUUACGAGACAGACUCAUUCAACGUCAAGGCAACACUCGUAGAGCCAGGGUUCGUGAGAAGGGACGAGCCAGAUACCCUUGCGACGCCCUUACCAACCUGGGGUCAUUUCCUCAUCAAGCCUGCGAGCGAUGCCUACGCACAGGCAACAUCACCAGCAUUGCAUGCAAAAAGAAUGGUUCAGUGGCUCGGUGACCGGCAGCCGACAAGCGCCGUCAAGUGCGCGGAGCUCGUCUGGCAAUUAGCUCAUUGCUCGUACCCCCCGCUGCGGCUCCUUCUGGGGAGCUAUGCAAUAGAGAGUAUUCGUGAUAGGCUGCGGUCCGUCACCGAAGAAUUGGAGGAUUGGAAACAUCUGAAUUUCCCCUCUCCGCCUGAUGAAGGGGAGGGAAAGGAGGCGCGAGCAGAUCACGAUGAAAGCAUGGCCGACUCUGGGCAGGAUGCGCCUGGCCAGGUGACUGCGUAG